AUGCCAGUAAAUCGGACAGAAGUGGGCCGCGCAGGGGCAGGCUGAUGAUGCAGCUGUGGAUUAUCCUCUCCAGCUCGCUGUGCCUGAUGGUCGAUGGCCAGAUGAAGAUCUCACCAGAAACGGUGCAGCAGUGGGCAGAGUCCUUUGGCAACCAGCUAUCUUCCCUGUCCGCCAGAUACUCUGGAGCUAAACUGCUGCAGAAGAAAUACAAGGAUGUCGAGGGUGUGGUGAAGAUAGAGGAGGUGGACGGGGAGGAGCUGGUAAAAAAGUUUGCUGAGGAGAUGGAGGAGAUGCUCGGGAGGAAGAUGAAAUCUGUGAAGAGGUUGGCAGAAGCAGCAGAGGAUGCUGACCUUUACCACGAGUACAAUGAAACAAUGGAGUUUGACUACUAUAACUCCUUGUUGAUUAACACGGUGGAUGAGGACGGGAAUCCAGUGCCGCUGGGAGGAGAAUUCCCUCUGGAAACGAAUGAACACUUCAAUAAACUACCAGUGAACACGCAACAGAGUAACAUACAAGUCCCCACUAACGUGUACAACAGAGAUCCGGAUAUUCUGAAUGGGGCCUACAUGUCCGAGGCUCUGAAUGAAGUGUUCAUUGAUAACUUCCAGAAAGAUCCGACCCUCACCUGGCAGUACUUUGGCAGCUCCACAGGCUUCUUCAGGCUGUACCCAGGGAUCCAGUGGAUUCCAGAUGAAAAUGGCGUGGUGACCUUUGAUUGCAGGAACAGGAACUGGUAUAUCCAGGCGGCCACUUCUCCCAAAGAUGUGGUGAUCGUGGUGGAUGUCAGUGGCAGUAUGAAGGGCCUCAGGCUGACCAUAGCCAAACACACCAUCAACACGAUCCUGGACACACUGGGAGAAAAUGACUUUGUCAACAUCAUCGCUUACAGUGACUAUGUCCGCUACGUGGAGCCCUGCUUCAAGGGCACGCUGGUUCAAGCCGAUCUGGAUAACAGAGAGCAUUUCAAGCUUUUGGUUGAAGAGCUUCAUGUCAAAGGAGAGGGCAAAGUGAAAAAUGCAAUGAAGGAGUCUUUCAAGAUCCUCAAUGAGGCUGCAGCGCUGGGCCAGGGCAGCCUGUGUAACCAGGCCAUCAUGCUGAUAACAGACGGAGCCAUGGAGGAUUUCCAGGAUGUUUUUGAAGAGUUCAACUGGCCAGAACGACGGGUUCGAGUGUUCACCUAUCUGAUUGGACGAGAGAUGACAUUUGCUGAAAAUGUUAAAUGGAUUGCCUGCAACAACAAGGGUUACUACACACACGUCUCCACGCUGGCUGAUGUCCAGGAAAACGUUAUGGAGUAUCUCCAUGUCCUCAGUCGGCCAAUGGUCAUCAACCACGACCAUGACAUCAUCUGGACUGAGGCCUAUAUGGACAGUGUGCUCCCCACCACAGAAGAGCUGUUCAACAGUCAGGCCCAAAGCCUGCUCCUGAUGACCUCGGUAGCCAUGCCUGUGUUCAGCAAGAAGAAAGAGACUUUGUCUCAUGGGAUUCUGCUAGGAGUGGUGGGCACUGAUGUGGCCUUGAGAGAACUGAUGAGGUUAGCUCCCAGAUACAAGCUGGGUGUCCAUGGUUACGCCUACCUCAUCACCAACAACGGCUACAUCUUGUCUCAUCCUGAUCUUCGACCUCUGUAUAAGGAGGGGAAGAAGCUAAAGCCAAAACCCAACUACAACAGUGUAGAUCUGUCAGAGGUGGAAUGGGAAGACACUGAGGAGAAACUGAGGACAGCCAUGGUUAAAGGAGAAACUGGCACGUUGUCUUUAGACGUGAGAACUUCAGUGGAUAAAGGAAGGAGAGUGAUGUUCCUGAAGAAUGAUUACUUCUACACCAUCAUCAAUGAGACACCGUUCAGUUUGGGUAUAGUGUUGACUAGGGGAUACGGACAGUAUAUCUUCAUCGGAAACGUCUCUGUUGAGGAAGGUCUCCAUGACUUGCUGGCUCCAGACCUGACCAUAGCCAACGAAUGGACCUACUGUGAGACAGACAUUGACCCGGCCCACCGUAAACUGAGCCAGCUGCAGGCUAUGGUGCUAUACCUCACUGGCAAAGAACCGGAUCUGGAAUGUGAUGUGCUCUUGUUGCAGCAAACUCUGUUUGAUGCUGUGGUCACGGCUCCCAUGGAAGCCUACUGGACCGCUCUCAUGCUCAACGCAUCUGGUAUGGACGAAGGGGUAGAAACGGCGUUCUUGGGGACGCGUUCGGGCCUGAUGAGAUUCCAGAGAUACACUGGGAUUGAGAAAAGAACUGCCAAGUCUUUCCUGACCUCCACAGACAAGGAGAAUAUCUUCACAUUGGACCAUUUCCCAGGGUGGUAUCGCAGAGCAGCUGAGUACCAAGCUGGACAGUUUCUAUACUUCAUGCCCAGGCAGGAGACGAGAGCAGGGAGGAUAGUGAUCGCCACCACUGCUGUCACUGUUACGGUGGGCAAGAAAACGGCCAUCGCUGGAGCCAUCGGUGUCCAGAUGACUCUGGACUUGAUCGAGUCCAGAUUCUGGGCUAUCGCAGCACAGCCAAAUGACACGGAUUGCUCUAAUGUUGAGGGGACUUGUCCUCUUCGGUGUGACAGCAUUGAUAUCAACUGCUACGUGAUUGACAAUAAUGGAUUUGUCCUAAUUUCUGAACAGCGCAAUGAUGCGGGACGGUUCUUUGGUGAGAUUGAUGGAUCAGUGAUGACCACACUAAUCAGAAUGGGCAUGUUCAAAAGGGUGUCCUUGUUCGACUACCAGGCCAUGUGUAAGAUGAACUUGCACUCUGUCAGCAGCGCCCGUCCACUUCUCAGUCCAUUCUAUGGUUUGGCUUCAGCCCUCAAGUGGUUCCUCUCCAACUUCCUACUGUUUCUCCUGGAGUUUAAUAUCUGUGGCUUCUGGCACACGGAGCACUUCGCUGACGCCAAGCCAUCUUUCAGCGUGUCCUCGGCUCAUAAGAAGAAAGGGGACAUCCUGCAGCCGUGUGACACCGAGUACCCCAGCUUCGUCUACGAGCCGUCAGUCAAAGAGACCAACAGCAUUAUUAAGUGUGGACGCUGCCAAAAGAUGUUUGUGGUGCAACAGAUACCAGAGAGCAACCUGUUGCUGUUGGUGGUGCAGGCAGACUGCGACUGCUCCAGACAGUACGGACCCAUCACCAUGGAGCCCAAGGAAGUCAAAUAUAAUGCCUCGGUGAAGUGUGACAGGAUGAGGUCGCAGAAGAUUCGCCGACGCCCCGAGUCUUGCCACGCCUACCACCCCCAGGAGAACGCCAAUGACUGUGGAGGAGCUUCUGUUAUAUCCCUCUCUGCCUCUCUCUUCCUCACCUGCCUCUCCUUAUCGGCACUUGUCUCCUGAUGAUGGGCAUCUUGGUUGUUUCUCCCAUUCUCGUAUAAAGCAGGAGAUUGGCAUGAAGCAAGAGAUGUGCUUGGAUACUGGACACCUCAAGUGGAUUUCUUUUCUUAAAACGGACCUAAUUCUGCACAUUUCGCUCACGACAGCCGCAAACUAAUCUCUAACAACGGACCUUUGAUGUGGUUUUUGAGCAUUUAUGGGUUGACUGCUGGAAAUUAUUUCAUCUGAACUGAAAACUGCAAAGAAAGCAAGUUAAUGGGCUGUUGUUGCCAUGGAUACUUUUCCAUUAGUUACUUUCUCAUACACCACUCUGCAUCUCAGAAUGAAAGGGGACUAAAGAGAUGCAGGUGGUAGCCAUGACGUGCAUUGAUAAAAGGGGAUUAUGAGUCACAGGAUGCAAAAUGAAAGUCCAGGGGGGGAAGAAAUGUGUCACUCAUUCCCCGUAUCCCACUGAAAGGAAUAUUGCGGACACACAUGCAUAUUAUAUAUGCAGCUGCAAGCAUGCACACCUCGAACACUCCAUUAUCCUGUAUGCUUCAUCUACAGACUACAUGCUUUUUGAAACACUGAAUGAGAGAUGGGAGAGAAGGGCUACAGCAAUAUAUGGUAAACAUUGUUGUGUAACAUCAGUGUUGCUGCUAGAAUGUUUUACAAGGUUGUUUGCAAUAUUAGCUUCUCUGAAUCUUCUACAAAUCUCUAAGGAUGAUGGCGCAGUGCCGAGAAAGUAAUCAGAAUGGAGUUAUAUAUAUUCACCCAAGCUUAAGAAUAUAAAGAGUUCCUUGAGGAUCUCAUUUUUGAAGUUUUUACAUGGAUUACAUCCCAAAAUUGUUUGUUUCUGUGACAUAUCUUUGAAAAAUGUCUGCCUUUCUGUCUUUCUCAGCUGUGUCUUUCUGUGUGUUUGUGCAUACUGUAUGUUAUGUUAUGUUAUGUUUGUUCUUUUGGUCGGCCAUCGCUGCAGAAACUGGAAGGUUCACAGGGUGUAGAUCUACAAUCAGCAUGGAUAACACGGCGAUGGACUUAAAUUCGAAGUAUCUUUAGAUAAUUUUUAAAUCACGAAAUGCAGUUACAUGGUGCAUGGUUUAUCCCACAAAGGAUGCAGUUGCACCAAAAUAUUAAUGUGUCUGGAAUUGAAACAAAAGGUCUAUUUUAAGAUUUCGACGAUGCAUUCGGAGUCUGUGGUUGUUGGAUACUUCACUCAGGCCUCAAGGUCAUGCAACCGCUACUUAUGACUGGGCAUAAACAGCAAUGUAAUUUUAUAAAUUCACGAUAAAAACAAACAAAAAAUAAUAAUGUAAGCGCUCACUCUGGGAAACAAGGUUGUCAUAUGGAAAAAACAUUCAGUUCUUACCGUGUAAAUCUAAUUUUGGAAAUGUCAUACAUGUAAUUGCAAUGUAAAUUAACAGUGUAAAUCUAACUGCAUAGGGUAUUUUUGUAUAUGCUUGUGUUUCAUAUUUUGAACUUCGGCAUUUCAUUGUAUUUUGGGCUGUGAGUGUCCCUGUAGGUUUUUCUAUGGUAUUUCUGAAUCACCUUACAAAGCAUGUGUUCAAGUUGAGCUUACACUCUGAUGACAAAAUUGCCUGAAUUUGCCUGUUUAUGUAAUAGACUCAAGACAUAUUAUGUGUGGCUGUGCAUCAUUGCAGUAUCAUCUGUCUUGCUGAGCUUAUGAGUGAUUUUAUUCAUGUCUCUCAUUUUUGUUUGUAAUUUCCACCAUACAAUAUUCUGUGUGUUGUAUGAUUGACAAGUGUCCACAUUGUAUGUUGGUUGACUGAAGCCAUGAU